AUGAACUCUGGAGAGGUCAUUUAUACCGUGUUGGAAAUCCUCAUCGCAGUCUGCUGCUGUCUGGGAAACAUGUUGGUGGUUUUAGCUUUGUGGAAAACUAAAGGCAUCCAACAACCCACCUUCUGCUUUAUUGUGUCUCUGGCUCUGGCUGACUUUCUGGUGGGAUUUGUUGCCAUACCAAUAGGUGUGCUGGUGGAUGGAGUUCUGGAGACUUCCUUCCACACAUGCCUCUUCAUCAGCUGUGUACUCAUCCUCCUCACCUUAGUUUCAAUCCUAUGUCUGAUGGCUAUUGCUAUUGAUCGAUUCCUGCGGGUCUAUAUCCCUCUCCGAUACAAACAGACUGUAACCUGGAAACAUUCCUAUUCCGUGGCAGCUGUAUGCUGGCUUGUUGCAAUACCACUGAGUUUUACUCCAGUGUUUGGAUGGCAUAAAGACCCACCGGACUCUGUUAAUUCGACAGUUGUUUGCCGGUUCACAGAAGUGAUUCCCAUGUCCUAUUUAGUUUACUUUAAUUUCUUUCUCUGCAACCUGACGCCUCUGUUGGUAAUGAUUGCUUUGUACAGCUAUAUUUUCUGUUUCAUUCAUGGAACACUGAAAGAAAGACCAGGCAAUGGUGCUCAAAAUCAGUCGCACAUGUAUCUACGGAAAGAAAAAAAGCUUGCAUCAUCUCUGUCUCUGGUCUUGACUCUUUUUGUAGUCUCCUGGCUCCCUCUUCACAUUAUGAACAUUGUUGUUUACUUUCAUGGACCAGAUACUGUAUCAUACAUAGCUUUCUACAUUGGCAUUCUGCUUUCACAUGCUAAUUCAGCUGUCAACCCAGUAGUGUAUGCAUUUAAAAUAAAAAAGAUCAAGACAGCUUAUGUGAAGAUUUGGAGACAGUUUGUUCUGCGUUCAGCAGAUAAUCAAGGCUCCAGACAACAAGAAAUGGCAGCAGUAACAUGA